AACUAAAAUUCCCUUGAUUAUAAGACAACCAAUAACGCAUACAUUGCUUUCUACAGAAAUAAAUUUACAUCAGCUGAUAUUUUUCGUCACUUCCGCAUAAACAAAUAUGGCGGAUGUUUUGAACAAUUCAUGAAUAAGUUUUGAAUGAAAAACUUAAAUUAGUAACAUGGGAAGCGAUAGAAAAUAUUUGGCCGUAAUUUCUGUAAUAGAAGGUCGCGGCUUUCCAAAAAGGUCAAGACACAAGCUGAUUGUGGAGGCAAAGUUUGAUGGAGAAUUGUUGUCUACUGACCCAGUGCCUCAUGCUGAGGUGCCAGAUAUCAAUCAAGAACUAGCCUGGGAGCUAGAUAAAAAAGCUUUACAGCAACAUCGAUUGCAGCGAAGUUCUAUUAAAAUUCAGUGUUAUGCUUAUGAUACUGAAACCACAAUGAAAGAAUCUGUUGGGUAUAUUGUUCUAGAUCUAAGAUCAGCAGCCACCAAUAAACCAGUUGGCAAAUGGUACCAGCUUCUGCACAGCAAAUAUCAUAAAACUAAAGCUGAAAUGAAGUUAGCUUUGUAUUUAGAUGAGGAAGGUCAGCAACCUAUUGCACCACUCACCCAACCAGAACCCCCAGUGCCUAAAGGUGUAGAAAUUAAGUCACUAGUUCCUGUCCUCAAUGAAGAAGAUGGCUACUACCAGAUUGGUCCAGCAAAGACAUGCACAGAGCAGUUUGUUCUUUCUAUAACAAUAGCUUAUGCUACCAACCUGCCACAGCUCAUUCCCAGCAAUACACCUCUCAACUCAAGUGGAGGAUUCUUUUUUUACUACUCACUACUAGGAAAUGAUGUUACUAAUGAACCUUUUCAUGACUUAGUAAACCCCAGCUUCCCAGCAGAAAGGGCUUCUGUGAAAAUCCGCAGCAGUAUUGAUGUACUUAGGUCUUUUUUUUCAAGGCAGCCAGGCCUACAGAUACACCUGUGUUGUGGUGACCAGUCACUGGGUAACUGUGAUAUACCUCUAGGUGGAUUGCUCAAGCCAGACAGUACAGAAAUUUAUAUGAAACCUGUUACCAUUGAAGGUGCUUUUCAGCUGUUCCCAGCCAACAAGUGGAAUAAAGCCAACCCAGUUCCAUCCCCAUCUGUUGGAGUCUCUAUUGUGCUAAGGAAGGAAGAUAUGGCCGUGAAGAGUCCAGUGAAAGAAAACCAGCAAGCUGUGCUUGUGACUGGUGCAGCAGCAACUGUUGAUGGUCACAUGACCUCAACUAAACCAGACAAACCAGCACAAGUGCAGGCAGAGAAAAAGGAGAAAAAACAAGAAGAUGCUCAACAACACCUGGACAGUGUUACAGAAGAAACUUCAGAACCUCAAACACCACAAAAAGUUGAAACAAAACACCAGGAACAAAAAGUCAACAAAGGGUCAAGGCCUGCAGCACAAUGGCAGCAGACAUCACCUGUUAGAGGUCACCAAGUCAACUUGUUGCCAGAUAAAAAAUAUGAAGUGAGCAUGCCACCACAAGCACAUCACUUUACAUUCAGCAUUGACCUGCGCAGUAUCAGGGACCAGCAUUCCACAAACACAUGCUUUGUUUUUCUCAGAUAUGUGUAUCCUUUCUUUGGGAGUGCUGCCCCAAUCUUGACCCACCCGCCUGUAGAGAUUAGGAAAGGAUCAGAAGUUCUACUCCCUCAGUCUUUCUGUGCCUUUGAUUUUGCAUGCAGUAUGCAGCAGCUACAGGACACAUUCACAAGAGUUCCUCUCAUUGUGGAGGUGUGGCAUAGAGAUAGACAGCUGUCACAGGAUAUUUUGAUUGGCACAGCUAAACUACCGUUAAAUAUUGUUAUAUCAGCUGAUAGGAUGCGAUUAAUGAGUUCAGCAGGAGUAACAGGAUGGAGACAGGAGGCAUCUGAUAGGAUCCCUGUAUACUCAGCUAAUGGGCAAUCAGAAAAAUGUGCAGAUAUUAGUCUUGUUCUAAGCUUGGAGGAUUGGGGACCUAUAAAAUCAGCCACUAGUACUCAACAGAAUCAUGCAUUUUCUGGAGCCUCGGAAUUCCAAGGUGCAGCUUCACAAGCCUUCCACAGUAAUGGUGAGACAGCUGGAGCCAGCAGCCCUAGGGGGACAGCUGAGUACCAAGCUGCAAUAGAGCUGGAACUUUGGAAAGAGAAUCAGGAGAAAGAGUUUGAGAAAAAGCUAAAAUUGAAAGAGGCCACGCACAUGAGAACUUUAGCAGAAGAGUGGAAGAAAAGAGAUACAGAACGGGAAGUACUCACACAGAAGAAGCUAGCAGAAUAUAAACAUCUAGAAGAUCAGCUGAGAAAUACUCUGACUGACUUGGAGAAAAGAGAGAAAAAAUUGGCAUUAAAUGAACAUGAGGUUAUGAAACUCAGAUCAGACCUCCAGAGAGAACAUGACAGAAAACUUCAAGAGAUGAAAGAAGCAUCUCGGAGGAUGAAAGAAGAUUGUGAUCAUCAAGUUGAAUUACAAAAAAUGAAGUUAAAAGAAAUAGAGGAAAUUUGCAGCAGAUACAAACAAGAGCUGAAUGAAAGUGAAAAGAAAUAUCGAGCUUUAGAAAAAGAGUUUUCCUUGUACAAAGAGCAGCAGACCAAAACCCCAGAGGUCAGGCUACAAUCUGAGAUCAACCUGCUCAACAUGGAGAAGCUUGAACUUGAGAGAAAACUAGAUGCUGCCAGCAAGUCAAAGCUCCACUACAAACAGCAGUGGGGGCGGGCACUCAAAGAGGUGGCCAGACUGAAACAAAAAGAACAGGAUCUCGCCAAAGCUCAGCUUUUACGCCAGCAGCAAGAACUGGAACACAUGAGGCUAAGAUACUUGGCUGCUGAGGAGAAAGAGAUUGUCAAUAAGGAGAGCAAAGAAUUGGAAGAAAUCAAAGUACAAAUCAACAAGCUGAAGCAGAUAGAAGAAGAAAGACUUGGUAACACCUCAGGUUCCAAUAAGAUUCCUGUGGUUAAAGAUGUCUUUGGAAAGCCAUUAAAUCUGGACCUGGAUACAUCAGUGGACGAACAUGUGGCAAGGCUUGUAGAGGAGAGAGAUACAUUGUUGAGGACUGGGGUUUACACAUCUCAGGACAAGAUCAUUGCAGAGUUGGAUAGACAGAUCCGUGAGGCUAUAGGGCUCAAGGGGAGGUGAUAGCUUGAUGCUGUAGGACAAGGGGAGGUGACUGCUUAAUGUGGCAUGAUCAUUGCAGAGUUGGAUAGACAGAUCCGUGAGGCUAUAGGGCUCAAGGGGAGGUGAUAGCUUGAUGCUGUAGGACAAGGGGAGGGGACUGCUUGAUGUGGCAUGAUCAUUGCAGAGUUGGAUAGACAGAUCCGUGAGGCUAUAGGGCUCAAGGGGAGGUGAUAGCUUGAUGCUGUUGGACAAGGGGAGGUGACUGCUUAAGGGGAUAUGCUAUGUUUUUUCCUAUUUUUUACAAUUUAAUAUCUAAAGCAUUUUGAAAACUUUUAUCAUGUUUGGCAUAUAAAAGUAAGUAUUAAACAGCAAAAAAGGGUUGAAAACAAUUUUGGUUGUCAUGGGAACUCGAAAAAACCUCCGCCAUUUUGAAUUUUUUGGUACUUUUAAAAAUGCUAAGGCUUUUUUAUUUAUGCACCUAUAACAAUCAAAUUUAAACUGCUUAUAUUCCAGGAUAUAUUAAAACUUUUGUCACAAAAACUUUUUGAAAUAGCUACUAGUAAGAAUUUUACAAAGUCUACAAAAUCGUACCAUUUUUAGUGUUCAAAAUUUUCAAAAUGUGCAUAUUAAAUAGCAAAUACUUUUUUUCUAUGUAAGCCAUCACAAUUCCCUAGUGACAAAAGUUGUAUUUUUGCACGAAGAACAAUUACUGAAAAUAUGGUUGCGAUUGUUUAAUAAAUAAAAAAGUAGUAGGCUUUAUAGUGUUAAAAACAUUCGAACUGAGAAAAACAGCCAAAAGUAACGAAAAGUAGGUCACGAAAAUACCAUAUCUGUGUAAACUGCAAAGCCGAUUGUAAGCUUUGGGUGUUUCCGAGAUGAUGGAAAUUAAGAUUAUUAAAUAAAGGAGAAAUUCAGCGUUCCAUUGAUGCCAAAUACAAUAUGAUGACGGAUAUAAAACUUUUCAUAGAGAGCGUAUAAGAUUGGGAAAAAUUGAUUCUUUUUUAAUUAACAGGGUCAUAAAAAUGGUAAUUUAAACACCUAAAAAUUUUUUUUUCUCUUUAAAGUUAUUAUUUUCCAAAUACAAAAAUGGACAAAGUAUCCAAAAGUGCAAGAAACCCAUCAUGACGAAAAACAAGAAAUUGUGUGGUUUUUUGUCGCGCAUAUCCCCUUAAUGUGGCAUGAUCAUUGCUGAGUUGGAUAGACAGAACCGUUUGUAUAAACAGAUCCGUAAGGUUAUAAGGUUAAACAGAAGUUGAUUGCUUGAUGCUGUGUGAUUUUUGCAUAAUGCUAUUGUACUUAAUGGUGAUGAAUUCAAUUCUACUUUGAUUCCACCCACAUUAUGCAGGCUCCAUUCUCACAAGAUAAUACAAAUUAUUGUAUGAAAUUAUACUCAGUCUAACAUUUAGCUGGUAAAAAUAUAUAUUAACAAUUCCUUAUGACACUAACUAUGUACAUUGUGACAUGGUAGUGUCACCUCCGUCCUGUUAACCACUACUGUACAUUUGUAAAUGUAUGUUGACAUUUGUGUAACAGUUAUUGUAAUAUAGGUCCAUAAUACAACAGCAGCCAAUGUUGACACUGAAAAUAGUGUGAUAGAUUUUAUUUAUCAAAUUUUACUUGACACUGUCCAUAUUAUAUAU